CUUUUUUGAAGCUUUGAUUUUUUCCAAGUCCAAGAAUCGACAUUUACAUGUGCAUGUGCAUCUAUGUACCCAGACUCUCCCUAUUAUUAUAUUUUCUCGUCUCCCCAAGUUUAGGAAAUCCUAAUAUUUGGACGUCCACUAUAUGUAUUUCGCUCCUUAGAGUCGUGGGGUCUUCCCUUGCACCCCAAUUCAAAUUCCUACCCUCGCUAUUCCUAGGUUCUAUUCCUAUCGGCGGCCCGCGCCAUCCCAGAGGAUUAUGUUGUCCAGCGCUGCCCUUUCCGCUGUACGAGGCUCGCCCUCAACUCUUUGUCGAAGAUGCCUCCUUAAAUCCUUAGCUGCAAGGCGGCAACAAACCAGAUCAGUAUCCACCUCGUUUCUUGAAAAACAGGCAGAAGCGAAGGAGAUAUGGGACAAGAGAGCCAAGUUGAUUCAAGAGGGAAAGAUACCGCAUCUCUGGGAUAUGUUCAAGGAGCGUGGAUACGUCAAAGAUAUCGCCGGCACCGAUGAACAAAUUAGAGAGCUUAUGAGGGUGAAAAGGAUAGGCGCUUACGUCGGAAUUGACCCUACUGCACCCUCUCUUCACGUCGGCCACUUAUUACCUCUAAUGCCUCUUUUCUGGAUGUAUAUACAUGGCUACCGAGCUGUUAGCGUAGUCGGAGGCGCUACAGUCAAGGUCGGCGAUCCUACCGAUCGUUUAAAGAGCCGCGAACCCAUUUCUAAAUCUGACAUAGCCACGAAUAUUACCAAGAUGCACUACCAGUUGAAGCGUAUAUGGAUGAACGUUGAGGCCCAAGGGGAACGUUUCGGCUAUAAGAAACAACCUAGGAUAUGGAGUCGGGCGUUGGUAAAUAACAGCAUGUGGUAUAACAACUUGCCCUUCAUCGAGGUCGUAGCUCGGCUGUUCAAGGGAAUGCGACUAGGGCCUAUGCUCUCGCGCGAGACCGUCAAGCGCAAGAUGGAACAGGGUGAUGGCAUGUCGUUGGAUGAAUUCGUAUAUCCACUAAUGCAGGGCUGGGAUUGGUGGCAUUUAUAUAACAAACAAGAUGUUCAAAUGCAAAUAGGCGGGUCUGAUCAAUACGGGAAUAUCAUCUCCGGUAUCGACGCAGUCAAGCACAUCCGAGCUAGCACUCCCAACCCGGCUGAACAAAUUCCUGAUGAUUUUCUUCAUACGCCUGUCGGCUUCACAGUUCCCCUCCUGACCGAUUCUUCUGGUGCCAAGUUUGGGAAGAGCGCGGGAAACGCGGUCUGGCUCGACCAUUUCAUGACCAGCACUUUCGAUCUAUAUGGGUACUUUAUACGACGGCCUGAUGCUGAUGUUGAGAGUCUGCUGAAGCUGUUUACCUUCCUUCCGUUGGAGGAAAUUAGUAAGGUCAUGGAGAAGCACAACGAAGAGCCUUCCAAGCGUUAUGCCCAGCAUACUCUUGCGCACGAAGUAGUUGCGCUUAUCUACGGAACAAAAGAAGCGACGAAUGUACAGAACCGGCAUAAGGGGCUAUUCUCCAAGCCAGGCGAUGUCCAGAUAUCUUCAUAUCCAGCAAAUGAGCCAGCCUCGGCAAAUAAGGCAUCUGGCUUUCAAGUCGAUGUGAAACUCCCCGAGUCAUUGAUUUUGGGCAAGUCGAUAAGUCGAAUUCUAUAUGCUGCCGGCCUCGCGGACAGCGUCAGUGAUGGUAAUCGCUUAACACAACACCAGGGCGCCUAUAUAGGUGGUUCUCCUGGCCAACCUUCGGCUUCCAACAAAGGGAUGCAUUACGGCGAGCUGAGCUACACGCCGAUCAAGAACUGGUUUCCUCAGGAUACCAAGAAUUUCCUCAUCGAUGGCAAAAUCCUAAUAUUGCGGCGAGGAAAGCACUUCGUCCGAGUAGUCCAGAUGGUUAGCGAUAAGGAAUGGGCAGAUAGUGGCGCGAUGUACCCGGGCGAACCAGGUACGGGUCGGGUGCGACUACUGAAAGAUAUGCUGAAGAAGGCCGCUGAAGAUACGAAACUCGCCGUAAAUGACCCCGAGACGAAGCAGAAGCUUCUGGACGGAGCGACAGCCAUAUACCAAAACAGAGGAGGCAUGCUGGAGGAUUUCCUACCCGAGCCGCUCCAAGUCGACAGCAACCGCGCGAGGCAGAUCCUCAAAGAGUCGUUGAUGUACAUCCCCUCUAGGGAGGGGGCGACGGCCACUAAGGUGAAGACGGCGGCAAUCGACGAGGUGCUGGAGAGGGCCCGUCUAGAGGUAGAAUACCGCACCCAGGAAGAGGCUAGGAAGCUCCAAAAGCAACAACAACAACUGGCUAAGAAAGAGCCUAGGAAAGAGCCUAAGCGAGCGCCGGAUGGUGAACCUCCUAAGAAAGACGGUUUCAUAACACGCCACUUUGUAGGUUAAUUGUAAUUUGGCUGCAAAAUCGAAUAAAUUCACCUCAAAUUAUGAUAGUCUUCUGUAUGUAUCGCUAGAGAGGGUGCUUCAGCGCGGAGUGACAUGUUAUACCCGGUAUCUAAGGUUUCAGAUACUGUAAACGAGGUAUAAUAUAUAGCAAAGAAUUCAGAAUAGAGCGAUUAAAUAGGAGUUUAAUGGCAUCAGCCGAGAGUGAAGUCUAUAGUA